UGUUCAUGACAGUGCUAUAGAGACAUCUACUACCGACAUCCAACGCUGUUUGUCAAGCAAGCUGUGGUUGACAGGUACAUUGAUGACCUGGCCUUUACUUUUGGUGUGUCUCGAAGCAUGCUAAACGUGUCCGCUGCUGCUAAGGGGCUUGUCGCGGGCGACUUUACGAUCUCCAGAUCUGAUGGGACAUCCCGGAGCGUUGCAUCGGAGAAGAAUGGUAUGCUUGUUCCGAACUCCGCAGAUGUCGUUGGUAUCGACUUGAAACAAACCAAGUGGAUCGUCGUGAUCGAGAAGGAAGCAUCAUUCAGAUCAAUUAUCUCGUCGGUGCAGUGGGAGCAUCUGUUCUCGCAGAUCGUGCUUAUCACAGCCAAAGGAUAUCCUGAUUUGUCGACAAGAGCAUUCCUUCACAGGAUUGCCAGCGCAAAUCUAAGCGCUACGCAGCUCCCACGCAUUGGCAUCCUCGUGGACUUUGAUCCAGAUGGCAUAUCUAUCAUGUCAACAUAUGCUUUUGGAUCGAAGGCAUUGGCACACGAGACGGCAGCACUUAGCUUAGACCCAGACAUGUUGUACUACUUAGGGCUAAAGAGCCAUCAUCUUCUGCACCCCGCCGCGGACGGCUAUGCUGCGACGAAUGCAGGUGCAGAUGCAGAUGCAGGCGUCGCUGAAGACAGAACGCUGCAGAUGAGUGGAAGGGAUCGUCGCAAGGCACGGAGCAUGUUGGCAAAUUCAGCAUUGGCACGAAACACAGAGGUGGACGCUAUGGACCGCAUACGUAGCGAAGGGAGGCGGGAGCUGCAGGUGAUGCUGAUGCUGAACAUCAAGGCAGAGAUGCAAGUCCUGGAAGAGAUGGUCGAUGGUAUUGCUGGAUGGCUAGCGCGAAGCCUUUAGAUCAUAAAAUCAAGAUCAAGGAUGACAGGUCACUAAUCUACCGAGCAAGGGAGGGCACGGCCGGCCGUCAACGUCUGGUC